AUGGACCAAUUCAAGCGACUUAUCAAUUUGAUUAUAAUUAAAUUCGAAAUUAACCACAAUUCAUUCUCCAUUAUCGCAGAAAGCGCGAUUGAUAGCGAUGUUGAUACCGAGGCAGCAACAGAUUUGUCGUCGUUGCGUUCAGCUCUGCAGUGCCAUCACCAAAGAGACAAUCUCGCGAGUGUAAUCACGCAAUUGCUGCGAGCAUAUCGGCCAGAGGUUGAUAUCGGCGCAUACGAACGCGUGUUGAAGAAAGUAGGAGGUCUGUUAGAAAACUGCGAUUCUCCCCGAAAGCGAUUGCUAUUCUCGAUGAUACCUGUGCCAAAAGGUGUGCCGGAUCACAAGAUCGCGGAGGUGUUCAAUGCGAGCACGGGCUUUGUCAAGCUCAAUCUGCGAGGAAACGACACGUCUGAAAAAGCGCUCGACGCGGGAAAUUCGCCUGGCGCUACAAUGGACGGCAGUGUUUCCGCAUCGAAGCAGAACCCCCCAUGCGACCAGGACGCUUUGGAUUCGAAAUCGUCCGAGGGCCAUCCCUUCCGUGGCUUCGCCGAGAACGAAAUUUCCACGACGAUUCGUAACCACAUAACAAAUAAAUACCACGCACCUGCUGGGAACACCGCCAACCUGUCGCAGUCUCAUUACUCACUUCGGACAGCGUGUCAGGAAACAAGCUCCAUGAAGACACGCGAUAAUACUGAGAUAGUAUCGGAUUCGUCUCGAGAUAAAGCUGCCCGGCUAUUGAAUGGCGUUAGAUACGGCUGUAGGAAGUAUGACGGUGUCGACGCGUUUGAUAGAGACACGGAACCGGGGAUGUCGAAAGUGGCGAUCGACAUGGGCCGGAAGAGCGAGCGAACGAUCGAGCAGGAGACGAUCAAGGACAGUAUACGCAAGAUGGACGACGUGUGUUGGGCGGACGAGGAUCGGGGCGAUUUCGUAGACGUACUGGAGACACAAGAUGCGGACGAUCUCCUGGCGACGGUGCGCGACGGACUGAGGGCGAGUCUGAGCAACUUUUUGAAACGAGCGCGAGAAGGGACCAGCGUCGACGAACGUUCGCGCGCAGAGUCGCCGGCCUUUCCGCGCACCAGGUCGUAUCCACGGGCGUACUCCUCGGACACGGCGUGUUUGAUGUCGAUAGACCGGAAGCCCGCGACCGCAUGCAAAGUUUCAGAAAAAGAUCUCGACCCCUCGUCCGGCGGUUUGCUUUCGAAGGCACAGAAGGAGGACGUUAAUUCGGAAAAGGAUGGCCGGGAUGAAAAGACGAAUCAAGGGUCGUCCGCUCGCGUCGCGAACGAUUCGCAAGCGAAAUGUGGCUCGCGCGAGCUCAGCAAAGCGAGCGAACUGCCGUUGUCUCGAAGAAAUUUGGAUCGCGACGCGGAGAAGAAAGUCGCGGCGCAACGCAGGGAAAGUGACGCGAAGGAACCGAUUUACGGACGCAAAAUAAGACCGAGGCCGAGCGAGGUGAGCGCGGAGAACAAUUUUCAAGUUCACUCCAUGUCCGAGCUGGCCGCGUACAAGAAACAAUACUACGACACGUUGCUGAGCGUUCGCAGAGCUAAAGGUUUAUUAAAGUUACAUUGCAUAUACGUGCAGGGAGAGCGGAAACGUCCGCAAAAAACACCGAUCGCUCUCAAUUCCGUUGCAGUCGCGGUGACGAAUUCCCUAGCAUCUUCCUCCGCCGCGUCCUCCUCCUCCUCCUUGUCAUUGGAUCGUUUAACGGCCUACGACGAUCCGUAUUAUUCGAAUUACACGUGCCAGCAGCAACACCUGUUCCAGCAACAGCGUCAGUUCGCGACGAUGAGGCCGCAAUUUUCACCGACGUGCCCGACACCGCUGUCCGGAUUAACGAGCGUGCAGCAGCAGCACGGUAACCAGCAGUACAGUUGGGCGAGAUCCGACUGUAAAUAUUUAUUACUCAAGCAAUUAAGACUCCGGCGACAACAAUACGUGCCGCCACCUAAUGUGAAUAAAACUCGCAAGUCCGUCCUUGCACAAGACCGAUUACUGCUGCAAUACAAUGAGCACACGUUCAAAGUUUACGAGCCAAUUAGGAUAAUACAAUGA